AUGUAUCGGAAGUUGUCUAAGUUAGAACACUCGGAAAUAAAACAACUUCUUACAGAAGCUAACAUAGAUGUUGCAAAACAUUACGCGACAAACAAAAAAGCACUCGCUGACUUCAUUAAAGACUACAAUGGUGCAAUAAGUUAUGAUAGAAUUCAUGAGUUCAUAAAGCCGCAACGCGGCGAGGACGAAGUCCAUGCAAGAGCAUUUCCUUUAAAUGACAUUGCUAUUGACUUAUAUCAUAGACGUUCAGUACCUCAUGAAGUAAGAAGAGAAAUGUUUGACAUAACAAAUGCGAACGUUGGUCAUACUCGUAAAGCUCUUUCGCAUGAAGUAAGAAGAGAAAUGUUUGACAUAACAAAUGCGAACGUUGGUCAUACUCGUAAAGCUCUUUCGCAUGAAGUAAGAAGAGAAAUGUUUGACAUAACAAAUGCGAACGUUGGUCAUACUCGUAAAGCUCUUUCGCAUGAUGUUCGUCAAGAAAUGUUUGACAUAACAAAUGCAAACGUUGGUGAAACAAGAAGAAGAGACGACACACUGAAACAACAGAGAAGAGAGAUGUUUAAGAGCGCUAUAGAACAAGUUCGCAAAGCUAACGAUGUCAUUCGUUCCAUUGACGACAAACCAAAAGAAGGUGAGAGAUGGUUAAAGAAAGAUGAAGAGAAUAGGAAGAGAAAUGUGAAGUCAGGCAAUAGACUCAUUGACUUUAACAUCGAAGCUUUAGAUGAACCAAACAGAGACUACUUACACAAACAUUUCGGUAAGGUUUUCAUGAGACUCUUAGAGAAAAUUAAAAUAAACUCACAACAGAGAUGGAUGGUAUGUUAUAAACUUGGUGGAAAGUAUGAAUGUUCUACGUUAAACCUCAAUAAUAUUGGAACAUUACUACAUCAGCUCUUGAAGGAGAACUUUAUAUCAGAGAUAGAAGCAAAUGCUGCAGGUAUUGUUGAAAUGCACUAUGACUUCUUCUUGACAAACAUAAAGAAUCUUACUGAAAUAAAGAUGUAUGAUUUAACAGAAUAUGAAGGCUUAACGAU